AUGCAAGUUCCAUUGAUCGACAUCGACAGAAUCAACGAUCUCCAAGUGGGUCUGAACUCUCUGCAGAACCCAUCCUUCCCAAUCCCUUCUCAGAUCACAACCUCCCUCGCUUACAAUUUCUGCAAAUGGGGCGCAGUCAUUCUCGCCCUUGUCGCCACCUUCGGCAGCAUCAUCAACAGAGUCACUAUCUUCAUCAUCCGCUUCCGCGCCAAAGCCCCUUCUCUCCCAUCCCUAACCCUAAACGACGACAAUUUUUACACCUCCUCCUCCUCUGACGACGACGACGACGACGAUAACGACGACGACCUAACCUACUCCUCUUCCGAGCCCGAAGACGAGCCCUCCGCGUCUUCCAGUUUCAUCCGUUUGGACGACUAUUUCCGACUCAGAGGAACCGAUAAUAAUAAUAAUAAUAACCUAGACGACGAGUUUCAGACUCAAAACGGCACGCACAAACGAUGUCGUAGCAUCGGGGAUAUUUUCUCCCUCUCGGAACUAGCCAACAGCAAGAGCGUGGUGAAGCUCUGGGACACCAUAGGCUUCGGCCUGGGCUUGGACUUCGAUGAUUACGAUGGUUACUACGUUGGUAACGCGGCGGUUCCGACGAGCUCCACCGCGUCUCCCUCGGUGGUUGUCUCGGCGGGGGAAGGCGCGUGCGGGAAUCUGGCGCUGGAGAUCUGGGACACGCGGCUGCGGCGGCGGAAGCCCACGGUGGUGGCGGAGUGGGGUCCCACCGUGGGAAAGACCCUGCGCGUGGAAUCUGGUGGCGUCCAGAAGGUCUACGUCAGAGAUGACGGGCGUUACGGCGUGACGGUCGGGGAUAUGAGAAAGGUCAGCACGCCGUUAGAGAGCGUAACGGAAUCUGACGCGGAUACUUGGUGGGAUGCGGACGCUAUUGUUGUUUCGGACGAGUCUUUUGGCGAACAGCAAUCAAUGUUGCAACAACCAACUUGA